UUCCUCCAAUGUUGAAAGAAUUAAAAACAAAGAGAAAAAAAUCUGGAGGAACGGAGGAAUAGAGAAGAUCCUCCGCCGUAGAGAGAAAAAAUGGAGGCGGCGAUGGGGUUGAUGCGGAGAAUUCCGCCGAAGCAUUCGGAAGCUGCUUUAUCUGCACUCUUGAGCCUUUUACCCCACCAUUCCUCCGAUCUUCUCUCUCAAGUCGACCAGCCUCUUCAGGUUUUAUGUGAUGUGGAUAGCGGAAAGGAGUUCAUAUUAUGCGAGUAUAACAGAGAUGCAGACUCUUAUAGGUCACCCUGGUCAAACAAAUACCAUCCCGCAUUAGACGACGGGCCCCAUCCAUCUGCAGAGUUGAGGAAACUUGAAAUCGAAGCAAACGAUGUCUUCACUAUCUAUCGUGACCAGUAUUAUGAAGGUGGCAUUUCAUCGGUGUACAUGUGGGAGGAUGAAAACGAAGGGUUUAUAGCUUGCUUCUUAAUCAAGAAAGAUGGUUCGAAGACUGCACACGGCAGAAGAGGUUAUCUACAAGAAGGAUCUUGGGAUGCAAUACACGUGAUUGAGGUGGGACCCGAAGAGGAAGUAAAUGCUCGUUACUGUUUGACUAGUUCUGUAAUGCUUUCAUUGACCACAAACGAUGAGUCUGAAGGCACGUUUAAUUUGUCGGGGUCAAUUAGAAGACAGAUGAAUAUGGAGCUCUCAGUUGCAGAGGGGCAUUUAUGUAAUAUGGGACGGAUGAUCGAAGAAAUGGAGAGCAAGUUGAGAAACUCAUUGGAUCAGGUCUAUUUUGGGAAGACGAAAGAGAUGGUUUGUACACUGCGACCACCUGCUGAAAUAGUUCAGACGAAAUUUCCGGAUAGCCGAAUACCAUGAUAAGCGAGCGUCACAUAUGAUAUAUUCUGAAAUAUUAAUGAUUGUUGUGAAAAAUUAAGGUUUCAUUUUCAAACACUGGAGAUUGUGUUAUUGUGAACUUAUGAAAUGCUGUUACAUCUGUGAUUGGUUUAAAAACCAGUAAAAACUGGCGUCUGUUGUUCAAAAUUAUUUCUUCA